AUGCAUCUACCCGUUUUUGCAGCUCAUAGACCCGAGACUAUAUCUGAUGAAGAUUGGAAUUUCGAGCACCAACAAAUACAAGGACUUUGGCUUUUUAAUACUCUGCCAGACUCUUGGGAAACUCUUCGUGUUUCUUUGACAAAUUCAGCUCCUGGAGGUAAGGUGACCAUGGAAUAUGCCAAGAGUGGUGUGUUGAAUGAGGAAGUAAGGAGAAAAUCUCAGGGUUCGUCCUCACAAGCAGAUAUCUUGGUUACAGAAUACCUGGGGAGAGAUAGAACAAGAAGCUCGAGGAAUAGAGGAAGAUUAGACGAUGAAGGUUACCAUAAUGCCCUCUUUAGUGGACAAUGGAAGCUUACCAAGGAACAAGGAAUUCGUCAUCAGAAAAUAUCGCCCAAGACGCCUCAAUUGAAUGGUUUGGCAGAGAGGAAGAAUAGAACUCUAGUUGAAAGAGUUAGAUGCUUGCUUUCAGAGGAUAAACUUCCAAAUACAUUUUGGGCGGAAGCACUUAACACUGUUGCCUAUGUUAUCAAUUUGUCUCCUGCUGUUGCUUUGGAUGGUGAUGUCCGAGACAGAGUUUGGUUUGCCAAAGAUGUUUCUUAUGAUCACCUGAGAGUUUUUGGGUGUAAAGCCUGUGUGCAUGUUCCUAAAGAUGAGAGAUCGAAACUGGAUGUCAAAACUAAGUUGUGCAUCUUUAUCGGUUAUGGUCAAACUUCUUUCAUUCGCUUUCUUGUUUUUGGCUCAAGCAGUAGGUCCUUCGACCCUCAAAGCAAUACGGUAUGCUCCUUCUAUGCAAGAUGA